UAUAAAUAAAGCUAAUAACAAGAGCUUGAACACAGCCAAUUAAUCACUCUAUUAUUAUCAAUAAUCAUGGAGAAGAGCUAUUCACUAGGGAAAGCUCUACUAAUUGUCACAACCAUAUUAUUUUCUUCUUAUUUUUCAAAAUCUUUGGCUAAAAACCAUGCUCAUCAUGGUGUGCAACCAUUAUCCAAGAUUGAUAUUCUAAGUACAACUCUAGCUCUUCAUAAGAAAGCUUCCAUCAAAGUUUCUCCUUCUUUGCUAGGUUUGAAGAAUGAGGAUAUUGAAUGGGUAACUGUGAAGCUCCGAUCACCCAAUCCGUCUUCAGAUGAUUGGAUUGGAGUUUUUUCCCCGGCUAAGUUCAAUGCAUCAGCAAAUUGUGAGGAAGUUGGUAACUCAAGAGUUCUAAAACCUUUUAUUUGCACUGCACCCAUUAAGUACCAGUAUGCAAAUCACUCGAAUUCAGAUUAUACAAAUUCUGGAACAACCACUUUGAAGUUUCUAUUGAUCAAUCAACGAACUGAUUUUUCCUUUGCGUUAUUUUCUGGUGGAUUGUCUAGUCCGAAGCUAGUUGCAGUAUCGAACACCAUCUCAUUUGCAAAUCCUAAAGCCCCUGUCUAUCCACGACUUGCUCUCGGAGAAACUUGGGAUGUGAUGACAGUAACAUGGACAAGCGGCUAUGACAUAGAUGAAGCAAUUCCUUUUGUUGAGUGGGGUAUGCCUGGUGCUCACACUACGCGAUCACCAGCAGGAACUCUGACAUUUACUCGUAACCAAAUGUGUGCUGCACCUGCAAGAACUGUUGGUUGGCGUGAUCCUGGAUUCAUUCACACUAGCUUCUUGAAAGAUCUGUGGCCCAACAUCAAGUAUACAUAUAGGUUGGGUCAUCUCUUAACUAAUGGUACAUAUGUAUGGAGCAAGAAGUAUCAGUUCAAGUCAUCUCCAUAUCCCGGACAAAGCUCCUUGCAACGUGUUGUUAUUUUUGGUGACAUGGGGAAGGCUGAACGAGAUGGAUCAAAUGAGUAUGCAGAUUACCAACCAGGAUCAUUAAACACCACAGACCAGCUAGUUAAUGAUAUUGACAACAUUGAUGCCGUCUUUUUAAUAGGGGAUAUGCCAUAUGCCAACGGAUACAUCUCUCAGUGGGAUCAAUACACUGCACAAGUAGAGCCAAUAGCAUCAGUUGUACCCUUUAUGGUGGCAAGUGGUAAUCAUGAGCGCGAUUCACCAGAUUCAGGAUCAUUUUACCAAACUGAUGACUCAGGAGGUGAAUGCGGUGUUCCUGCAGAAACAGAGUUUUAUGUUCCUGCUAAAAAUAGAGCUAAGUUUUGGUACUCAGCAGAUUACGGAAUGUUCCAUUUCUGCAUAGCAGAUACAGAACAUGAUUGGAGGGAAGGCACUGAACAAUACAAAUUCCUGGAAGAAUGCCUAGCAUCAGCAAAUAGGCACAAACAACCUUGGCUUAUAUUUGCGGGCCAUAGACCCCUAGGGUACUCUUCGAACUCAUGGUACGGCCUGGAGGGAUCCUUCGAAGAGCCAAUGGGUAGAAGUGACCUUCAAAAGUUAUGGCAGAAGUACAAAGUUGAUAUGGCAUUCUGGGGACAUGUCCAUAACUAUGAAAGGGUUUGCCCUAUUUAUCAGAACCAAUGUGUGAACAACGAGAAAUCUCACUAUUCAGGAGUUGUAAACGGAACAAUCCAUGUUGUAGCCGGAGGAGGAGGAAGUCAUUUGUCGAAAUUUAGUACAUUAAAGACAGUGUGGAGUAUAUACCAAGACUAUGAUUAUGGGUUUGUGAAGCUCACAGCGUAUAACCACUCGUCUUUGCUGUUCGAAUACAAGAAGAGUAGUGAUGGCAAAGUCUAUGAUUCUUUUACCAUCUCUAGAGAUUACAAAGAUGUUUUAGCUUGUGUUCAUGAUGGUUGUGAACCUUACACUUUAGCAACCUAGGAGAGAUUUAAUUAAGGAAAAUGUUUGUACCUUGAAAAAGGAUGCAAAGGUCAAUAGCCGCCUCAUUCAAUUUGUAAAAUGGGAAAAAGGAAAAUGAAAUAAUGAAUAUUCAAUUGGAUUGAUGAAAUGGGAAGAGAGCCAAUUAGCCCAAAA